CGAGAAGGGCGAGCAGUGGCAGCCGGCGCUGGCGCUGCUGAGCGAGAUGCGGGAGGCGAAGCUGGAGCCCGACGUCAUCAGCUGCAGUGCUGGGAUCAGCGCGUGCGAGAAAGGCGAGCAGUGGCAGCGGGCCUUGGCGCUGCUGAGCGAGAUGCGGAAGGCGAAGCUGGAGCCCAACGUCAUCAGCUAUAGUGCUGGAUGCGGGAGGCGAAGCUGGAGCCCGACGUCAUCAGCUACAGCGCUGGGAUCAGCGCGUGCGAGAAGGGCGACGAGAUGGAGCCCGACGUCAUCAGCUACAGCGCUGGGAUCAGCGCGUGCGAGAAGGGCGAGCAGUGGCAGCGCUGGAGCCCGACGUCAUCAGCUACAGCGCUGGGAUCAGCGCGUGCGAGAAGGGCGAGCAGUGGCAGCCGGGCGCUUGCGCUGCUGAGCGAGAUGCGGGAGGCGAAGCUGGAGCCCGACGUCAUCAGCUACAGCGCUGGGAUCAGCGCGUGCGAGAAGGGCGAGCAGUGGCAGCGGGCGCUUGCGCUGCUGAGCGAGAUCUGGAGCCCGACGUCAUCAGCUACAGCGCUGGGAUCAGCGCGUGCGAGAAGGGCGAGCAGUGGCAGCGGGCGCUUGCGCUGCUGAGCGAGAUGUGGGAGGCGAAGCUGGAGCCCGACGUCAUCAGCUACAGCGCUGGGAUCAGCGCGUGCGAGAAGGGCGAGCAGUGGCAGCGGGCGCUUGCGCUGCUGAGCGAGAUGCGGGAGGCGAAGCUGGAGCCC